AUGCGUUUGACGAUUUUCUUCAUUUAUAUUCUCGUUUGUUUUCUCAUCGUUGGAAUUCAUUCUCAAUUCGAUGACCAAGCAGCGAAAAUCAUCUCUGCUGAUCAUCAAAACGGAAUCAUAUCGGAUGAAGAAGCUCUUCGAUCGUUUAAACAGCAAAUGGAAACAUGGCUCGAACAAUAUCCUGUCAAUAUUCAACCGGAUCAGAAAAACUAA